CGCAGUGACAUCUCACCCCCACCCCUCCCCACACCCCCACCGGGCUCCUGCAUUAAGCCCGGGGUUCGCAGCCGCAGCCGGGAUCGGGCACCCGGGGGCAGGCGGGCAUGCUAGGGCCAUGGCCGAGGGCGCGGAUAUGCACACCUUCACUUCCAUCAUGGACGCACUGGUCCGCAUCAGUACGAGCAUGAAGAACAUGGAGAAAGAACUGCUGUGUCCGGUGUGUCAAGAGAUGUACAAGCAGCCACUGGUGCUGCCUUGUACCCACAACGUGUGCCAGGCCUGUGCCCGGGAGGUGCUGGGCCAGCAGGGCUACAUAGGCCAUGGUGGGGACCCCAGCUCCGAGCCCACCUCUCCUGCCUCCACCCCUUCUACCCGGAGCCCCCGCCUGGCUCGCAGAACUCUCCCCAAACCGGACCGCUUGGAUCGGCUGCUUAAGUCAGGCUUUGGGACGUACCCCGGGCGGAAGCGAGGCGCUCUGCACCCCCAGGCGAUCAUGUUCCCGUGCCCAGCCUGCCAGGGCGACGUGGACCUGGGCGAGCGGGGCCUGGCAGGGCUGUUCCGGAACCUGACCCUGGAGCGCGUGGUGGAGCGGUACCGCCAGAGUGUGAGUGUGGGCGGCGCCAUCCUGUGCCAGCUGUGCAAGCCCCCGCCGCUAGAGGCCACCAAGGGCUGCGCCGAGUGCAGAGCCUCCUUCUGCAACGAGUGCUUCAAGCUCCUCCACCCCUGGGGCACCCAGAAGGCCCAGCACGAGCCCACGCUGCCCGCCCUCUCCUUCCGCCCCAAGGGUCUGAUGUGCCCAGACCACAAGGAAGAGGUGACCCAUUACUGCAAGACAUGCCAGCGGCUGGUGUGCCAGCUCUGCCGGGUGAGGCGCACCCACGGUGGGCACAAGAUCACACCAGUGCUCAGUGCCUAUCAGGCCCUCAAGGACAAGCUGACAAAGAGCCUGACAUACAUCCUGGGAAAUCAGGACACGGUGCAGACCCAGAUCUGCGAGCUGGAGGAGACCGUGCGGCACACUGAGGCGAGCGGCCAGCAGGCCAAGGAGGAGGUGGCGCAGCUGGUGCGGGGGCUGGGGGCUGUGCUGGACGAGAAGCGCGCGUCGCUGCUUCAGGCCAUUGAGGAGUGCCAGCAGGAGCGCCUGGCCCGGCUCGGCGCCCAGAUCCAGGAGCACCGGAGCCUGCUGGACGGCUCGGGCCUGGUGGGCUAUGCCCAGGAGGUGCUUAAGGAAACAGACCAGCCCUGCUUUGUGCAAGCGGCCAAGCAGCUGCACAACAGGUACCCGGGGGUGCAGGGGUGCGGCCAGUGUCGGGAACGGUGUGGGAGGGACCGCCCCCCACUGACCCCGCUGUCUCUUCCCACAGUGCCCGAGGCUCCCGUCAUCGACACCCAGCGCACCUUCGCCUACGACCAGAUAUUCCUGUGCUGGCGACUGCCGCCCCACUCACCGCCCGCCUGGCACUACACCAUUGAGUUCCGGCGCACCGAUGUGCCCGCCCAGCCGGGCCCCACCCGCUGGCAGCGGCGGGAGGAGGUGAGGGGCACCAGCGCCCUGCUUGAGAACCCCGACACGGGCUCCGUGUACGUGCUGCGUGUGCGGGGCUGCAACAAGGCCGGCUACGGGGAGUACAGCGAGGACGUGCACCUGCACACGCCCCCCGCCCCUGUCCUGCACUUCUUCCUUGACGGGCGCUGGGGCGCGAGCCGGGAGCGCCUGGCCAUCAGCAAGGACCAGCGGGCGGUGCGCAGCGUCCCCGGGCUGCCCCUGCUGCUGGCUGCUGAGCGGCUGCUCACCGGCUGCCACCUGAGCGUGGACGUGGUCCUGGGAGAUGUGGCCGUGACCCAGGGCCGCAGCUACUGGGCCUGCGCGGUGGACCCUGCCUCCUACCUGGUCAAGGUGGGCGUCGGGCUGGAAAGCAAGCUUCAGGAGAGCUUCCAGGGCGCCCCCGAUGUGAUCAGCCCCAGGUACGACCCGGACAGUGGACACGACAGCGGUGCUGAGGACGCCACCGUGGAGGCCUCGCCGCCCUUCGCCUUCCUGACCAUCGGCAUGGGCAAGAUCCUGCUGGGGUCGGGGGCCAGCUCCGGUGCGGGGCUGACGGGGCGGGACGGCCCUGCGGCCAGCUGCACCGUGCCCCUGCCGCCCCGCCUGGGCAUCUGCCUGGACUACGAGCGGGGCCGAGUGUCUUUCCUGGACGCCGUGUCCUUCCGCGGGCUCCUGGAGUGCCCCCUGGACUGCUCGGGGCCUGUGUGCCCCGCCUUCUGCUUCAUUGGGGGCGGCGCCGUGCAGCUGCAGGAGCCCGUGGGCACCAAGCCUGAGAGGAAGGUCACCAUCGGGGGCUUUGCCAAGCUGGACUGACCCGUUUGGGUCCCCUCAUCCCCCCGGGAAGCUGGAGCUGGGCUACCCCUCUGGCAGCUUCCCCCCACCACCUGGCCCCUGACCCCAUGCCCCUGUGUUCCUGGGGCCUUCUCUCUGCCAGGGGACUGUCCUCUGCUCACCUUUCUAGAUGUCCCCCAUUCUCUCCAGCCCCCGCCUAGCCUUUUCCCCACACCCUGCUCCUGGCACCUUACCCAAGUCACGAAAGGAGCCUUCUCCCCAUCCCUGCCUGUGCCUCAACCUGGACUGCCCGGGAGGGUAGGCACCUGGAACUCUGGGCAUGACCCCCAGUCUGCCCUCUGCACCCUGCCCCGCCGAGCUCCCUGACCCGUUGAUCCUGAGCUACAGCCUUGGGGAGCGGAGGCUUUUUUGGCCGGACGCCGCCCAGGCGCUCCCUGAUGAGGGAGGGGGCCCUGUCACCCUGCUUUACCUGCAGGGGUCCCCACGCCCCUAAGCCGCAUGCCCGUGUUUCCCUGUCUCGCAUGCAUCGACCUGUCCCGCACCCAUGCCAAUGUGCCAAGUCUCCCUUGGGGCCGCAGCCGAGGUUGGGUGUCCCCAGUGGGUUGGGCUAGGCAAGGCCUCGGGGGCCCGUUGCUGCCCCCCUGCAGUGGGCACUGCCAGGCCUGUUAUUUUCAUGGUUUAUGAACAAGAAGCUGUGAGGCUAGGCGCA